AUGGGGCGCGGGGUCUCGCGGGUUGUAACCAAUCGGCUGCCGAGGGGGGCGUGGCCGGCGGGGUCGGCGGCGCCGCCCCCCCGCUCGCAUCCUCUCGGCGGGGCGAGCGCGACCAUUUUGCGGGGGGGAGCGGCGGGAGCGCGACCGGCACCGACACCGGGGCCGCCGCCGGGACCAGGGAGCGGCAGCGGGAUCGGCAGCGGGGAGCGGCGGCGGCGCCUGACGGGGGAGGUGCAUGGGGAACCACGCGGAGGGGAGGAGCCGCCGGGAGCCGCCCCCUCGGAGCGAGCGGCGCCGCCGCGCGCCCCGCUCCGCCCGGCCUGCGCGCUCCGGGCUCGCCCCGCCGCCGCUCCAGCCCCGAUUCUUUCCUUUUGCGAGCCCUCGGCGGCCGGGCUGGGCUGUGCCCGGAACAGGAAGGUGGUGGAUUACUCCCAGUUUCAGGAAUCAGAUGAUGCUGAUGAUGAUUAUGGAAGAGAUUCGGGUCCCCCAUCCAAGAAAAUCCGCUCGUCUCCCCGGGAGGCUAAAAACAAGAGGAGGUCUGGGAAGAAUUCUCAGGAGGACAGUGAGGAUUCAGAAGACAAAGAUGUGAAGACUAAGAAAGAUGAUUCACACUCAGCAGAUGAAGAUUUUGGCAGUGAAGAUGAUGAUGUGGGAGCUGACGACGGCAAAGCCGACAGCGACUACGAGAGCUCUCAAAAAAGCAAAAAAGGAAAGAAAGCUAAACCAGACAAGAACAAGAGAGCAGCCUCCAAAUCCAGGAAAAGGCCUGCAGAGGACAGCGAGGAUGAGAAGGAAGAUCACAAAAAUGUUCGUCAGCAGCGGCAGGCGGCGUCCAAGGCAGCCUCCAAACAGAGGGAGAUGCUCAUGGAUGAUGUGGGCAGUGAGGAGGAGGAGCAGGAGGAUGAUGAGGCACAGUUCCAGGAGACAGAUUCAGGAAGUGAUGAAGACUUCCUCAUGGAAGAUGAUGAUGACAGUGACUAUGGCAGUUCAAAAAAGAAAAAUAAGAAGGUCUCCAAGAAAUCCAAGCCAGAGAGGAAAGAAAAGAAAAUGCCCAAGCCCAGGCUAAAGGCUACAGUGACCCCCAGCCCAGUGAAAGGCAAAGGGAAGGCAGGUCGCCCCACAGCUUCCAAGGCAACAAAAGAAAAGACCCCAUCCCCCAAAGAAGAGGAUGAAGAGCCUGAAAGUCCCCCAGAAAAGAAAAAAUCAGCCAGCCCUCCACCAGAAAAGUCAGGGGAUGAGGGAUCUGAAGAUGAAGCACCCUCUGGUGAAGAUUAAAAUGGCAGUUGAGGAAAAUCUUUGUUUAAAAAAAAAAAAGAGGAAAAAAAAAAGAAAAAGGAAAAGAAAACAAUACUUAGGGGUAGAACACGGUUUUGGCUGUGGCUUGACUCAUGGGCUUUGAAUGCUGUCUUUACUUUCAGCUGUUUAAUACAGUGUAUUCUUUUUUAAUAAGAGGAAACCCUUCUACAGUCAUA